AUGAACAUGUGGGAGCUUAUCACGGCAACGACGAUCGUGUCCUAUCGUCCAGCGUCUCCUGCUUCCAAGGAUGCGGUAGCUACUGUGGGAAGGGAUUUCUUUGCUGUGCCCCUUGCAAACAAACCAACGUUGCAUGUCUUCAACUGGAGAAAGGACCAGCCGCACGCGAAGAUGUCUCUUCCCGAGAAGGUUUGCUCGAUCGCAGCCAAUGCCGACGGAAGCUACAUUCUCGCUGGAGCCGAGACUGGAAGAGUUUACUUGUGGGAGGAAAGUUUUAUUUCAUGCUGUGCAGAGGACGAGGAAGAGGGGGAAGAAGGGGAGGAAGGGAGAGAACAGGGUGGGGAGAGGGGAAUGGUGUGCGGAGGAGCUCUGAUUCGAACGUGGGAGGCUCAUUACAGAUCAGUCACUUCGAUCGCCUUCACUGACGACAGUUCGUUCAUCCUCACUGCCUCUGAGGACGCUCUGGUAUACAGAGAGAAGAGGAGGGGCAAUGGGAUCGUCGGCGAUGUCGAGGACGGGAGGGGGGAAGGGGAGGGUGGGUCGGAGAGAAAGAGGAUGGAUGGAACAUUUGAGGAAGGGGAAGGGUAG